GGGAACGAGGGAGGGAGGGGGAGGCGAGUUUGUUUUUUUAAGUGUGGGACGUGAAGGGGGAAAAAGAAGAGAAACAGGGCGAGAAGGAAUGUCCUACGGUGGCCGCGGAGGGACGACUGCUACGGUUCCCUCACUGGGACAAACGCUUCCCACGAACGGCCUAGGGCUCCCUUUCCCCAGCUGGGCCGUACCUGGUUGGGGCCCAUGAGGGGUAUACACGGGCGGGGGGCCCCGGCGGCCUUCCCCGGGCCCUGGGCCUGACCCUCUUGGUGACCUUCCUCUCUCUGAGGGCCCGACACCAUGCGGCCUCCACCCUCGUUCCGCCGCUCCGGCCUCGAGGGACAGCAGGGGCCCCAGCAGCGUCGGCCCCCGGCCCUGGCCUCCGCCCCGCCGGCCCCCGGCCCCCGGCCCUGGGACUACCACCCCGCCGCGGAGGCCGCGCAUGGCGUGUGCCUCCCUGGAAGUUCAGCAGAGAGUUCACAGGCCUAGGGUCUUCACUUCUGUUCCUUGCUCAUGGAUGAUGCUUAUUAUGCACACAGUCCGUCCUCCUCUAGAACUCAGUGAGCCGUGGGGUACCCAAUGCCUGUAAUUCCCAUACCCCGGCGUGUCCGGUCUUUCCACGGCCCCCAUACCACAUGCCUGCAUUCCGCCUGUGGACCUGUAAGAACCACUCAUUUAGUGCGUACCAAGUACAACAACUUCGACAUCUAUUUGAAGUCCCGAUGGAUGUAUGGAUUUAUCCGCUUCCUGCUCUACUUCAGCUGCAGCCUGUUUACCUCCAUCCUCUGGGUGGCGCUCUCCAUCCUGUUUUGCCUUCAAUACCUUGGCAUCCGCAUCUUUCUGCGUUUCCAGUACAAGCUGUCCAUCAUUCUCCUACUGCUGGGACGAAGGCGGGUUGAUUUCAGCUUGAUGAAUGAGCUGCUCAUUUAUGGGAUUCAUGUGACUAUGCUGCUGGUGGGAGGUCUGGGCUGGUGUUUCAUGGUCUUUGUGGACAUGUAAAUAGGAGGUGUGCAUGCAGGCUUGGGCAGCUGUGACUACAUCUGAUGUAUCCACUUUCUCCUUUGGUUUAAUUUAUUUAUUUAUGACUGAUAUAUGUAUAUGCAGUAUAUAGAUAUUUUCUUUGGUAAAGACAAUGACCUGUCUCUGAAACGAAAUGACACUGGGAAUGUUGGGUCAUUUUUCCUUAUGUCUCCCAUCCCAAAGACGGGUUUUUCACCAUACCAAACAAGGGAAGUAGUGCCCUGAUCAGAGGCAAUAUUUUUAUUUGCUCUCUGACCAUCUUAUUGCGUUAAUGGCUUGGGAAAGAAAAGGGCUGUGACAUUUGUAAAGGUGAAAUCAAGGCUCUCACUCCCUCAAUUUGCUUUUUGGCUCUUAGCUUCCCCUUCCCCUGCUGCUACAUUGUAUUCUUCCUCAUUCCUCUAUCUUAAUGUAGCUUAUGUUCACAUUUAAUAAGUAGUGCAGUAGGUCCUCUUUAUCAAGUCUGCACUUUCAGGACCAUGGUGUAGCUUCCUCUUCUCCUCACCAGUUUCACAUUUAGAGGUAUUUCUCUUACCUACCAAAGGAAUGGGACAUGCCUCAACAGUUUUGCUCUGUGUGCUGGCCAAGGAGCAAGCCUGGAAGCAGUUCCCUGCUCUGUGGGCCAAAUGUCCACUCUUCCUUAGUGUUCCUAACCCCUACCCUGCCUUAGGAAAAAGUUGGACUCCACUUUAGUAACGCAAUGCACUGCCAUUAAACCACUUGCAUGGCCCUGGAUUUCUAGAAUGUUUGCACAGGUCCAAUGCAAGUUCAUCUUUCUUAUAUUAAACAAAGAGCUACAAUUGAGAAAUGAAAUGAUGAGGUUGAAUGCUAAUCCAAAACCUAGAGGGAAGUGAAUAAUUUUGUUUGGUUACAACCAGAUUUGGUGUUUCACAGACCUAGACCCAGUCUGAAAGCAAACUGAAGCAAACAGUGCCAAGAUCUUCAUUCAGGGAGUCUGGUUCUAAUGCCAUAGCUCAUAAGAGAGCUGUGUUCUCUGGAGCACUGUAAGUUUCAGUGGUGCCAAAUUGAGAAGCAAAGCAAACAUAGAGCCCUUUGUGUAUCAGUGGCCAGGUCUGUAGAGAAUGCAAUAUUACAUUAUAAAAUAUUUUUAAUCUAUCUAAACUCACUUUUCUGGGAAAGCUGAUAAAAUGUUUUACUUGCUUUGGAGGGCAUUUGAAGUCAUCUCUUUUGCAGAAAUCUCCUAGAAGUUGACUUCUUUCCGAAACACCAUAAUUGCUAGAUAACGCUAAAGCCAGUUAUUUAUCAUGGAAAAUGUUUUUUAAAUGGUUUAUUUUUAAAAAGCAUUUCUUCUAAAUUUUAAGGGAUUUGAAUGAACAUUGAAUCUUUGUUUAUUAAGGGCUUGUCUGCUCUGUAUUUCCUGCUUUGGUUGCUAUGAAAGCAUUUAAGACAUAAGAUGAAUUCAGGUACAUAAAGAGAUGCAGGAACAGAUGGACUACAAAGGAACAAAGAUCUCAUUUUCAUUGGAAUACCUUUAAAUAACAAGGAAGGGAAGUAAAAUAUAUAAGAGAAUCUUUUUUGAGCGUUUUCUGUCACCACACUCUAAUAGGUAUUUUUAUACUGUGGCUAGGAUAACUACUUGAGGGAAGCAAUUAUUGGUUAUUGAGAGGAUAAUUAGUAAGCUAACGUUGGUCACCCAUUCCCUGUCGACCUAAAAUCAUUAUCUCUGAAUUUUAUGUGUAAGUGUGAUAAAGUGAAAAAUUGCAUUCUCAUUUGACACAAGCCUCAGCACAUAUAACCUUUUCCAGGACAAGGGCAAAAAAAAUUGACUUGGAGGGGGCAGAGAAACCCUUUUCUAAGCCUAGUUGUGAGGCUAGGUUGUAAGGAAAAAUGCAUGUCUUUUAACAAACUUAAGAAAGUUCAAAUCAGGGAAAAUUAUGGCUGUAGAAAAACUUACUCUUUGAAUUUUUUUUUAAGGUUUUCUCUGCAAAAAGAAUCUGUUUUUAAGGUGGUUAAAUAAACUGGUUAAGCAAAGCUAGUUUUAGAAAUUGAUUAUGUGAUGGGCAGAAAUGAUAGCUUUAAAUGCAUUGAUUUCAUUUUUACUGCCUGCUAAAAAUCUUAUUGCACUAGUCAUGCAUAUUAUUUUUUCAAAAAAAAGUUUCUUUUUUUUAAUUCAUUCAGACUAAAUCCACUAAAACAUUCAUGUCUUUGAAGUGGAGCUCCCUACCGGAUGCACUGAUUGAGGGUUCUAGUAUGUGUGUGCGUUUUAACAAAGUCCUGAUAGCAGGAGGAAUCUUGCUAUUUAGCCAAUGAAUGUAUAAACAGCAAUGCAAGUGUUUGAAUUGUACCUUGAAUUGACUUUGGAACACACAAAAAAACAAACACAGCUCAAUGUCUUGAGUGCCUGUUAAAUUCUUUAUGAGACGUACCACCUGCAUUAAACUUAUUUUUUUAAUGUGUUGA